AUGAAAAGAUUCAAGGCACGGAGAAAAUUAUAUACCCUUUCUCACUACAAAAGCACUCAGGUUUUUCGCCAGUUACGCAAGACCAAGCUCUCGUCACGAGCCCGUCGCGCCAAGCUGGCUUUUAUCUUGUGGAAGAGGGCAGUAUCUCGUGCGACUGACUGGAUGUAUCGUCUCGCUCUGCCUACCAGCUCCAAGCCACUCAAGAUAAUCAGCCAUUUGAUGCUUCAGAAGACAAUACCAGAGAUUCGAGAAGAAUGGAACCGGUUGAUCGCUGGCAAGCGGAUGACAAGCCGAAAACUGGGAGUGAUACUGCUGCAUACGCUCAAAAUCAGCCGCGAAUUCACGCUGCUGCUACUGGAGGCUAUAUUCCCAUGCACUCGGUCGCGCCCCCCUAACUAUAUGAUUGAAGACAUACUAUGUUUAACAAUCCUGCGUUGGCACAAGAUUAACAAGGAUGAGCUGUCGGAAUGGACGGCGCAAGAGCAACUGAGGGCGAUUUCCAGGUGUCUCAUGGUUGUUUUAAAACCUACUCCAGCAGGUGCCAUACACAUAAGGUACGAUGCUACGACAAUUCUCUUUCAAAACCUUGACGCCAACGACCUCGUGCCGAUCUACAAACUUCUCACCAUGCAAAAAUACUACCUCGGCACCCAGAGCUUGUUGCAUUUGGCCGAUCGCUUUGCGAAGAUGAAUACUAUGGAAGACAAGCUUCGAGCAGUUGGAAUACUGGAGUACUUGGUCGCGGAUCCCCGAAGAGUGUUCAACAUCAACAAUCCUGCUGGCGCGAGUGUUUGCACCUCGAUCUUGAAAAUCCACGGGCCCACCAAGUAUGCUAGGCCCAUUGAGCUUGCUCAGCGCCUGCUGGCGCUGGGGUUGCAACCCAACGCCCUCGUAUACAACGAUCUCAUUGCCUUGAUGUGGAGAAGUAGCGAGCUCAAAGCGGCAUGGGCGAUUUAUCGCCAAAUGACGGCGCAGAUGGAGGUCAGGGACUGUCACACUUAUACAGGCUUGAUGCUCGGGUCUCUCAGGGCAGCUGAUAUUGAGUCUCUGGACCGGGCAUUUGUGUUGGCUCUCGAACGCGAACUGCUUGAGCCCAAGGACUGGGGUGCUUUUCUCCACAUUAUUUGGUCGUGGCCAGCGUCAGAUCAUUCAUAUCCAGUCAAGAUCGGUAUAAACCGCCCGGCCAGAUUUCGGCUCAUGCUCCAGGCCUACUAUCGUGUUUUUGACCUCGAGCCUCUCAAGUGCCUCAUUGACAUCCCGCGCAAGGCAGCUAGCCAAUGGUUAGGGAGUACGGUGGACACCAUACUUUCUGAAGGCAUUUACCACCUAACUGAGGAGGGCUUUGUUCCCAUCAUCAAUAGGAUACCCAAACUAUACAGAUCAGGUCAACGCUUGAAGCCCACGAAGUAUGUCCUGAGUCUAAUGGCGUCCGCAUAUGUCAGGGGGCUGACCGAGCCCUUCAACGUCCUGGAGUUUUACAUGCACUUUGACAAGCUGCUCAAGGACGGCGACCCACUCGUCACGGAUCUCACGUACAAUAAUCCUAGCAUUCAUAACUCCAUUAUCAAGGCCUUGUCCUCAUUCGACAUGUCUCGGCCCGUCGCCUACGAAGUUCUGGGGGAUAUGCUCGAGGCCAACGGCGACGCUGCUCGCCAGCACGAGCGGCCAAAAAGCUCGGUGCCCCGCCCCAAUGAGGUGACUUUCAACAUGGCUAUCAAUGCGCUCAUGUUCGACGGGCAGAUCGAGGAAGCUGAGAACAUGCUGCAUGUGAUGCGCAGCCAAGGUAUUCCCCCCGAUGCAGUCACUUGGACCAUACUUGUUCGGGGCUAUGCGCGGCUGCAGGACGUUGAUGGAACGGUCAGAUCCCUACAGCGUAUGGAGCAGGAAGGGUUUCAAAGCGACGAGCGGACGAUAUCGGCCUUCAACAUGCUGAGUGCCGGCAACCGGGAACUGGCGCUGUCGAAGAUGGAGAGAGUGAUUGAGGAAAACCGGAAGACACAGUUGUCACAGCUGUCUGGCGAGAGUUCUAGCAACUACGGCACAACCAGCGGCGGUAGUGAUACAACGGAUGCAGAGGUCUCUGACACGGUAUUGGAUGACCUACAACGGGAGAUUGAAGACGAUAUCUUCAGGGGCAAAUCAAGACCAAGUUUUACGGGCCAUAGGAGGAAACGGAGAAGAUAA